AUCAAUUAUUGAAAUUUUUAAAAAAAUUGGUAAAAUUUAUUUAAAAAAAAAACAUUUUGAUGAUUCAUUAUUAUAUUAUACAAAAUUAAAAAACAAGAAAACAAAUUUAUUUAAAAAUGAUUCAGUUUCAUUUGAUUUAUUUAAAGAUUUAGCUAAUUUACAUUUUGAAAAACUUCAUUUAGAUGAAUCAUUUAUUUAUUUUGAAAAAAUUCUUCAACAACAAUUAAAUGAAUUUUCAUCAAAUGAUUUUUCAAUUAAAAAACUUUAUCUUAUUUGCGGAAAUAUUUGUUUAGAAAAAUUAAAAUAUGAUAAAGCUUUUUAUUAUUUUUAUUCAUUAUUAAAUUUUGAAUUAAAAUUAAAAUAUUUUAAUGAUCCAACAUUAAUAAAAAUUUAUAAAUUUUUAGCAAAUAUUUCUUAUCGACAAGAUAAAUAUGAUAAAUCAUUAAUAUAUUUUUAUCGUUUAAUUGAUUGUUUAAUUCAACGAAGACCAUUAGAUGAUUAUUCAAUUAUUAAUACUUAUAUUAUGAUUGGAAAAAUAUUUUUAAAAAAACAUUUUAAAAAUCAAUUAAGAAAUUAUUUAAUUUUAAUAAAUGAUGAAAAAACAAAAGAAAUUAAUGAUAUUGAUAUUUCAUAUGAAGUUUAUCAUUUAGAUCAAACAUUAGAUUAUUUCAAUAAAAUUUUAGAAAAAAAAUUUCAAUCAAAUAUUUUCUCAAAAGAUUCAAUUUAUAUAAUUAUUGCAAAUAUUUAUUUACAAAAACAAGAUUCAUAUCAAGCAUUACAUUAUUUUAAUUUAUUAAUUAAUUCACUUUAUGAAAAACAACCACAAGGAGAUUUAACAACAGCUAUUAUUUAUUCUUUAAUGGGUGAUAUUCUUUUUAAAUUAACUGAUUUUAGUCAAGCAUUAAUACAUUAUCAAAAUUCACUUGUUAUUUAUCAAAAAUUAUAUGAAAAAAAUCAUUCUGCUGUUUUAACUGCCAAAUAUAAAAUUAGAGAUACACUUUUUCCUGUUUUAUAA